UAUUUAUUGAAGAACAUAAAUGAAUAUUUAUAUUAUAUAUUUUGUCUACAAACAGACAUCACAUCAGUAUGUAGACAUAUAAAGUAAUGUAAAUAUGACAUAAAUAAAUAAAGAAAAAAGAGGAACAAAAAUCGCCUUGUUUCACCUUCUCAUAAAAGCUUGACUUACGUCUUUCCGGCGGUCAGAGUCAUACUUCCUUUUAGCCGAUCGGCGGACGUGAUCAAGGAAGAGACAGCAGAAUGCUGGCCACCAGAGCCCUUCGCCUUCUUGGCAAACGUGCCAUUUCCACAUCUGUAUGUGUGCGUGGAGGACAUGGUGUGGCUAAGAUAGAGGCCUACACUCUCCCUGCCUACUUUGACAGGCGGGAGAAUCCUCUCCCAGACAUCUCCUUUGUGCAGAACCUGAGUCCUGAGCAGGCAUCCCUGAAGGAGAAGGAGAAGGGCUCCUGGGCUGCACUCUCUGAUGAGGAGAAGAUUGCAUUGUACCGCAUCAGCUUCAAGCAGAGCUUUGCUGAGAUGUGCGAGGGGUCGUCAGAGUGGAAGUCAGUGAUUGCUGGGAUGUUCUUCGUUGUCGGCUUUACUGGCCUGAUUGUGCUCUGGCAGAGGAAGUAUGUGUAUGGACCCGUCCCAUACACUUUCGAUCCCGAGUACAAAGAAAAGGAGCUGCAAAGGAUGUUGGACAUGAGAAUGAACCCAGUGGAAGGCCUUGCAUCCCAAUGGGACUACGAAAACAAGCAGUGGAAAAAGUAAAGGACCAGAGGACCAAAACACAUACUGGAAAAUAGCAGCAUACCUACAAAAAGAUACAAGAAUUCCUUUAUUUCUGUAUUUAUCAAUCGUCCACAUUACCACUGUUUGUGCAUUGUGGAAGACCUCUUCCUCUUAAGGUCAUUGUAUAUUAUGAAGAAAGAAUAAAAAUGGUUAAACUGAUAAACCUU